GGGGCGUUAAAGGCCCCCCGUCCUGGUGGCGCAGCGCAGUCGCCGCCCGCCCCCCUUCGCCGACCAUGGGCGGCCGGAAAGUCUGUAUCGUGGGCUCCGGGAACUGGGGCUCAGCCAUCGCCAAGAUCGUGGGCAGCAAUGCGGCCAAGCUGGAGCAGUUUGACACCACAGUGAACAUGUGGGUAUUUGAGGAGGAGGUGAGUGGGAAGAAGCUCACCGAAAUCAUCAACAUGCAACAUGAGAACGUCAAAUACCUGCCAGGGCACAAGCUGCCACCUAAUGUGGUGGCGGUGCCAGACCUGCUGAAGGCCUCAGCUGGGGCAGACAUCCUCAUCUUUGUGGUGCCCCACCAGUUCAUCGGCAAACUCUGUGAGCAGCUCAAAGACCAUGUGAAGAAGGAGACCAUCGGGGUAUCACUCAUCAAGGGGGUGGAUGAGGGCCCAGAGGGGCUGAAGCUGAUCUCGCACGUUAUCCAUGAAUGGCUGGGCAUCGAGAUGAGCGUCCUGAUGGGGGCCAACAUUGCCAACGAAGUGGCAGAGGAGAAGUUCUGCGAAACGACCAUUGGCUGCAAGAACCUGGAGCAUGGGCAAAUCCUGAAGGAGCUGAUGCAGACGCGCAACUUCCGGAUCACCGUGGUACCGGAGGCUGACACCGUGGAGAUCUGCGGGGCCCUCAAGAACGUCGUAGCUGUAGGGGCUGGUUUCUGUGAUGGCCUGAGCUUUGGGGACAACACCAAGGCAGCUGUGAUUCGCCUCGGGCUGAUGGAGAUGAUCACCUUUGCCAAGCUCUUCUGCAAAGGCCCUGUCACCUCGGCCACCUUCCUGGAGAGCUGUGGGAUUGCCGACCUUAUCACCACCUGCUAUGGUGGCAGGAACCGCAGGGUGGCCGAGGCCUUUGCCAGGACCGGGAAGUCCAUUGAGCAGUUGGAGAAGGAGAUGCUGAAUGGUCAGAAGCUGCAGGGUCCCCAGACGGCCGCCGAGCUGAACCACAUCCUCAAACAGAAGAACCUGGUGGAGAAGUUCCCCCUCUUCACUGCUGUGUAUCAGAUCUGCUACGAGGACAAACCUGUCGCUGAAUUCAUCGAGUGCCUCCAGAACCAUCCUGCCCACAUGUAACUGGGCCCCAUCCGCUGAGAUGAGGAGAGAGCCACUGGUGCAGCAUGAGCCUUCAUGUACAGAGACACUGGAUCCUCCAUGAGCCAUGGCAGACCAUGGGUAAGGGAGGUCCCUUCCAUGGCCCUGGGGCUGGCUAGCCCUCAACCUGUUGAUGCUAUAUGGAAGCACCAAAUUAAACUCCCUCCUUCUC